CUCAGAAUCUCUUAGAAUCCCAGAAAAAUGUCGGAAUUGGUUUCCUCGUCGCGGCACUGCUGCUUCCGACCCGUGACCCACUGCAUCUUCGAGCUGGACGGCCUCCUGCUCGACAGCGAGCGCCUGAACACGCGGGCGGUGCAGCAGAUCCUCGACCCCUUCGGCCACAUCUACGGGUUCGACCUGAAGCUGCGGUGCAUGGGCAAGCCCUCCCCGGAGUCGGCGGACAUGAUCAUCGACAGCUACGGCCUGCCCCUCAGCCGCACGCAGUUCCAGCGCCUCCACAGGCUCCACAGUCGGAACCACUUGGGGUCCGUGGGCCUGAUGCCCGGCGCGGAGCGCCUCCUGCGCCACCUGCACGCCUCCCACGUGCCCAUGGCCCUGGAGACGAGCGGCAGUCGAGAGUCGUACGACCUCAAGGUGCGUCCCCACGCCCAGCUCUUCGAGGUCUUCCAGCACGCGGUCGUCGGCGGCUCCGACUCGGAGGUGAAGCGGUGCAAGCCCUCUCCGGAUAUAUUCCUCACAGCCGCCGCUCGCUUCAAGGAUCCCCCGGAGCCGGAGAACUGCCUGGUGCUGGAGUCCUCGCUACUGGGCAUGGAGGCUGCCUUGGCCGCCGGCAUGCAGGUUGUGCUCGUGCCGGAUCCCCUGCUCUCCAUUCGACUCAGUGCUCCGGCCACACUGAGGCUCCGCUCGCUGGAGGCCUUCAGGCCGCAGUACUUUGGACUGCCCCCCUUCUGAAGAGACCUGCAGAGUGCCUCCUGCAGGAGAAUCCAAUACAGCAGACGAUGCUUCCUUCAGAUCUCUCAAAGAAGAAAGAAAAGGGAGUGGGGCUAUGUUUCUGGCCAUUCAAAAUGUGUAGCGGACGAACCUUCAGAAUUCCUUCAGAGACGGAUACACAAGAGGAAAGCGGUGAGUAGCCCUCCAGGGGCCUCUUCGAUGGUCCACGUCCAGGCCCCACCAAAGCCAAGGGAGACAUCCUGGAUGUUGGCUGGCAGUGAGUUUGGGGCUCGCGGCGGCGACUGGCAACGGGCUGAUCGGCAGAUGAUGCCUGCAACUGUUUGUUGGCGUCACUGCCGGUGAGCGCAGCGGAGAGGCCCGACCCCAUUGUUGUUUUUUACAAAGGAAUGUUGCCAGAGUCCAAUGUCAAAGGGCAAUCAUGGCGGGAACGCUUUAUUGAGCAGUGCCACAGAUAAUUUAUCGGAGAUCACAAAAUUAUUCGCAAUUUCCAAGCUUUGUGGUAUCGAUAGCUCUCGAUACUUGAGUAGAUAUCUAUUAAUGAAAUGAAAAUAAGAAUGUUUUGGAAUAGUUUAAUGUCCAUGGUGUCUUUGGAGCUUAUUUCAAGCGGGAAUAUUCAUUGGGGGGAUGAUCCAGAGUACCCUCAAGUAGUACCCGAUAAAUACUAUUUUUCGAUGUGACCAUUUUCCCCCCCUCCAUGGCGUUAAUUUUCACCAAACGCGUGUCUUCUUCUUCAUCUGAAUUUUUCCUUCCAAUUGGCAAGUAAUUUGUGGCUUUGCGUUUCCUUCUUCACCGCUUGUGAUCAAUCCAGAAUGAAUCAAGACUCUGCGCAGCAAAAUGCCUCCAAUGGGGCCUCCGAUUUGAAGGUGUUCUCCAAUUCAUUCGCACUAUUUGACCAACCUUACACAAAGUACACGCCGCAUCGCUACUGGGAGAUGGAGCAGCGCGGACCCGACAAGGAGUGUCGGGCCGCCAAGCCAAAGACCGAGCCUCUAGAGGGUGACUCGGUGCCGCUCGGCGCUGCCGAGGCCGGGCAUGGGGAAGAUGACAAUCUUGAGCCAGCUCAGCCGCGGGGUGUGAACCUCUCCUGGUGUGGUGGAAAAUUGUGUGGUUUAGUCAUUGUGCCGCACGGCGACGAGGACCAAGCUCCGACUUAGGCGAUGAGAUCCACAAUAAAAUACAAGAA